AUGUCUCAUAAAUAUUACGACGAACUAUUCAACCAAUCGGAAUCGUACUUGGCCGCCACUCUAAACAGUGAACCCGCUCAGGCCGAUCGGCGUGAACAUCGCGAAUUAUUGGCAACGCUGUACGUGCGAUACAUCAUCACCGCGAACAAACUGGCAACGUGCGUGGAUCAGAUGGUUCAGCCUCAGAAACGGGCUUUGCUCAGAAAAUUGCUCGAAGCGACACUUGGAAGGAUUUUGGAAUUAAAGGCGGAUUUGGUCGAAGCAGAUUUAAACGAAUGGACCCAUUGCGGAGACGUUUUCGAAAAGUUAAAUCUCACACCCUUAGCAUCGGAGCUCCAAGUACCCACCUGCUUCAGACUAGAAAGAGAGGACGAUAUUGCAUACAAGAAAAGACUGAUCGAGGAUGUAUUAAACAAACUAGGAUUUGCUGAUAAAGAAGAAGAAAAACCUCCAAUGACCGAACAGCAAGCUAUUUUAAUAAUACAGACUCACGAAAGAGCUAGACAAGGACGUUUAAGGGCUCAGUUUAUGAGAGAGAUAAGGAGCAUGAAGGAAAAGAGUAAACCAACCACUGCAGGAGAAGGGGAAGAGGACGAAGGCGCUGGUUUGGGUAUUAAUUUGGCAGCAGCGUUAAAAAUUCAAAAAAUCUGGAGAGGAUACAUCACUCGUAGAGCUACGAGAAGAAGAAAAUUACAAGAGAUGCUACUGAUCGGCAUGAUUCCACCACCGAAGAAGAAAAACGAAGAACUAAUCAAAGACCAACAGAAUCAAGAAAAAAGAAGGCAGUUGCAAAAAGUGAGGCAGAAAGAGUAUGAAGAGGAUGUAACGAAGAUUCGAAGUUAUUUAGAAAAAACACAACGAGGUCCUGUAUUAGAACAACUAAGUGAUCAAGUUAGAGGAUGGCUGCAUGAAUACAAGGCACAAACUGGAAAAAUUCCAGAAUACACCGGAUCAGAACGUAGUGCUUCCAGACUUCUACUUAGUAGACAAGGAACUGAGAGUGAAACAAGCAAGUCCACCCCUGGAUCAUCAAAAGACUCCAAAUUAAAAAAGGACAAAUCAUCUAAAAGUCCAAAAGAAUCCAAACCAUCUGAAGCAGAUGAGGAGGAGGGUGUACUAAGAGCUACAGUAUCAACUUUUGUUCCUGAGUUAAAUAUACGAAAAGAAGAAUACGAAGAAAAAUGGAAGAACAAAGACGAAACCACCAAUCCGAGCCAAUAUCACUACAAAGACAUGAUCGAACACGAACAAAUGACAGAUAUGGAAAACGAACUGAGAAAAGUAGUAGACGAAAUGAUGAAAGCUGAACUACUGCUACUUCAAGACGCUUUUGAUAAAGACAGAGGUCACAAAGGAAAAAAGAAAUCGAGUAAAAAAGCGAGAAAAACCGGUAAGAAAAGUAAAAAGAAGAAAGAAAAAGAUUUGACACCAGACAGAACGCUCGAGUCGCUGUUUGAAGAGUUAGUUGCUAAUGGAAUCAUUAAAAAAUAUCCAGAGGUUUGGUUGCAGGACUUCAAAGGAGAGAGGUCCUUUAGUGUUCCUGCACCUCAUAACAAAGAAAAAGAGCCACCAAUUGAUUUAGGAGAUAUUAGACAGGUGUUGACAGAAUAUUGCGUGAUACCAUUACUCUCAGACCAUCUUCAUCAAACCACACCUCACAUUAAAUCGUUAAUUUUGGCUGGACCAAAAGGUUCUGGCAAAGAUAUGCUGGUACACGCUGUAUGCAACGAAGCAGGCGCCGUGCUUUUUGAUCUAACUCCCUCAAAUAUAGUUGGAAAAUAUCCUGGAAAAUCUGGACUGAUCAUGCUCAUACAUUUGGUGGUAAAAGUAUCAAGGCUGUUGCAGCCAUCGGUGAUAUACAUGGACAAUGCUGAAAGGCCGUUUGUAAAGAAAAUACCCAAAACGGACAAGACUGAUCCAAAAAGACUGAAAAAAGACUUAGCCAAGAUUGUUAAAAAUUUUAGUCCAGAAGAUCGAGUGGUCCUUAUUGGAGUCACCGAUUGUCCUUGGGAUUCCGACCAAAAACUCCUGCAACAAGUGUACCAAAAAUUCUUCAUAGUACCUCGUCCUAAGUACAGCUCCAGAUACUUCAUAUGGACACAUCUUCUAAGUCAAUACAUGGCGGUGAGUUGGAAAUUUGAUACCAGCGUUAUGACCAAGAUAUCUGAUGGAUACACAGUUGGAUCUAUUGCCAGUACAGUGAAAGAAGUCAUAACUGUGAAACGGAUGUUACAAUUAAGAAUUCACCCUCUGAGUCCUUUAGAGCUGGUCAAUUCCCUUUGUAAAAGAACUCCCGUAUAUAAAGAAGAAGACGAAGCUUUUGAAACAUGGUGGACUAAAGUUCCUAUGGUUAGAAGACGACUGAGAGCGAUAGAAAUGCUUGAAGAAGAACAAGCGGAGAUGAUGGUUAAACAAGCAAAUGCUAAAAAGAAAUAA